CUUUUUUUUUUCUUUCAUUCAUGUCGCUUCUUGAAGCGGCGUCGCAGCUGCUCGUCGUGCCAUGCUGCGCGUUCUGCUACCGCGACGCACACCGCACCGACACCGACCAAAACACACGCACCGGCAACUGCGAGGAGUGCGGGAAACACUGGUCGCCACUCUAUUUCCAAGCCGUGGCCGGAACUGCAAGCACAACGCCGGGUCAAGGUGGCAAGAAGAAGAAGGCCACCCUCGUCGUCCAAUGGAAGCAGCUCCAUGCUCGCUCCGAUUGGCAAUCGUUGUGUCAACACUCUGAAAUCACAUGCCCUCUUGGCAUCAAGUGCACACAUCCACAUUCGCGGGAAGAGCAGAUCUUUUCAGAAAUCAUGAACACAGAUAACACUUUGCUUACUCAUCGGGCUCGUGCGGACUGCGAGGCAGAGGCAAUUAAGCGUGCUAGCAAACAACCAAACAAUUCCAGCAGUAAGGCGUCCCACAAAGAAUCUGAAGCUCGACCGGCCCCGUCGAGUGCUCCCAAACCAGUCGCAGUAUCAAUUCCACAGCCGCACGAAUCCGAUAAUGACACUUUUGAGCGCCCGCCAUCGCCACAGGCGGACAUUGAGGUUCAGUACGACGAGUGGGGAUUUCAAGUGCUAGAACCCGAAUUCCAGCUAGUGAGCAAUCGCACUGCCAAGCCAAAGAAAAAGAAGGUCGAUCCACACGAUCAACGGGCGGCUUUUUUGAACGAGGUUUCUGUUUUUCGCGCUGGCACGGAGCAAUUAUUGCCAGGGAAACAGCCGCCAUUUUUCAAGUUUUCAAUCACCGAUAGGCUGGAGUCGACCGUCUUUUUGUAUCAUCCCGACCACGUCAAACUGAAUGAUUGUCGCGAGCCCAAUCGCCACAACAUGGAUCUUUGUGCCUUUAUGCAUCCUAGUGAAAUGCCCUAUCUGCCAGAGUGGCGUCGCUACACUGGCACGGUGGUAAAUCACAAGAAUAAGCCUGUUCCUGGGCUUCUUCCUGCUUCAAUUCCAUAUGAAUGGUUUAGGUUUUUGAUGCGAGAGUACAAGGUUUAUGGCGGGUGCGACGGCGCUCAUGAACCCAAUCACAAUUUCCGGAAAGAAGUCGUGAAAGCAAUGUGUCAUCGCCACCACGGUGACGACCAAAAGGUGCCCGUUUCAGUCGACGAACGCGGCGAAUGGGUCCCUCGUCGAGACGAUGCCAACGGCCUUUCGCGUUCCAUGCAUCCAGAGGUGUUUAAGACUGCGCCUUGCGAAUCGAUCGAGCGCAAAGAGGGCUGCAAGUAUUUGCGUUACUGUCUUUUUGCCCACAGCCAGGAGGAGGCCGAUUUGAUUCGCGAGUAUGCCGAGCGUUACCGCGCCGAGCUCAUCCACGAAAAGUUCCCCCGCGGCCUCCCAGCGAGCAAGCCCGCGGCGCCCGCUGCGACCCAAGCUCCGGCUCCCGCGUCUGCCUCGCGUCACGCCCAUGCGCCCGCAACCACAGCUGGCAAGCCCGCGCCAGCUGCCGAGCCUGCGAGCGAGCCUUCCCCGCCUUCCCCACAGUCUGUCUCAGCUCCUGCCGUGCAACAACCUUCCCAGCAACAGCAACAACAACCAUCCCAGCAACAGCAGCAACAACAGCAAGCUUCUCGUCCCGCUGCUUCCAUCACUAGCAGCGCCUCUGCCACGAUCGCUCCUCCUGCUGCCGCUACUUCGGCUGCCCGUGUCGUCGCACCCGUCGAACCGGCUGCGGACGCAUUGCUGCCGUCGCCGCAGCAGGACAAGGCGAUUGGACUCUUGCCCACGCCGUCCGUGCCUUCGACUGGGUUUGCCCCGCCUGCCGCGCCUGCGGGCUCGGCUGCCAAUGCCACCGGCGGCUCUUCGAGCAAGUCUUCGUGGGCCAACGUUGUCACGUCCAAACUCCCUGCCGUGCCUGCCCCCUCGAGCGCCGUUCCCGCGGCCAACGACUUCCCCCCGCUCGGCGGCGCCGUCAAGCCCGAAGGAGAGCGCCGUUCGGCGUGGAGCGAUGUCACUCGCCUGGCCGACCAGACAAAGUCUGCCCUGGUGUUUGACGCAGAGUAUGAAAGCGAUCCCACCCCCAACGAACCGCAGCAGCAACAUCAGCAGCAGCAGCAGCAACAGCAACAGCAACAGCAGCCGGCCUUCAUCCCGUCUCAAGCUCCGACGUUUGGUGCGCUGCCAUCGCCCACUGUGCCCGCUGCACUGCCUUCAGCUACCGUGGUGGCUCCUGCUGCCCCUGCUCCUGCUCCUGCUCUUGCUCCUGCUCCUGCUCCUGCUCCUGCGCUUGCGCCUGCCCCGUCCACCACCGCUGUAACUGCGCCUGUUGUGGUGCCGUUUGUACCCACCGCCACUCUGAGCAGCAAUGGUCUCUCAACGACCCUGCCCGCGAGCCAAAUCUCUCCGUGGGAAUCCACCCUGUUCUCGGAUUUCGGCGAUCUUCAGUCGCUGGUCACGCCGACGUCGGGCCUGCUGCCCAGCAGCGCGACCGUCGCCAGCGGCGGCAACAGUGCUGUCGCUUCUGCCCCCACGUCCAACGGCGUUGCAGCGCCGCUGGUUGGCAGCGGCUCCUUGUCCGUGCUACCCGCGCAGUCCAGCGUUGGCCAGUUUAACGCGUGGAACAUGACCUUGGGUGGCGGCGAGUCGUGGCUGGACUCGUUCAUGAGUGCGGGCCCAUCCACCACGACGACUUCGGCUGCGACCGGCGCGGCGUCACUCUGGCCCUCGCUUGAGAGCUCCGACCUGACUGCUGCGUCCAAGUUGGCAAUGAGCGACUGGUCGACUGUCGGUGCGGGUGUCAGCCAGGUCCAGUCCCAGCCCGUCUCGCUGAUCUCUCCGCGCGGGACGAGUGGCGGGGCCACCUCGACUGAUGCCCCUUUGCCCACCUGGUCUGUUGAGACGGUGAUUGCCUGGCUGCCGUCGGUCCACCAAGAUCUGCACGAAAACUCGCCCUACCUGGCCAAGUUCCGCGAGGAGCGCGUCAACGGCAAUGCGCUUGCGUUGCUGACCGACGCCGCCCUCACCACGCAGUUUGGUCUGCCGUUCGGUGUGCGCACCGUCUUGCUGACUGCCAUUUCGCAGCGCAAGCUGGCUUCGGGCACUUCCGCCGCGCCCAAUGCCGCUCUGCACGCGCUGCAGGCGUCCCCGCCCAUGUCGCCCCCGAACGCCUCCACGACGGACGCCGCGCGUGCUGCCCCCAACAGCCCUCCGCAGGCCCAGCGUCUUCCCAACGCGCUGCCCUCUGGCGUCCCGGCCUCGGUCCCUGGCGUCAGCGCGGCUGUCGGCUCGCUUCCCGCCACCGCGCCGCAGCAGUCCACGUCUUCCUUGACCAACCAGGGCCAGGCGCUGCCCUCCCACCCGAUGGGGUUGCAUUCGCAGCACAUGGGACAAGCGCACAUCCACCAGCAGCAGCCUCAGCACCACAAUCCGCACAUGCAGCCCCACCAUGCGCACCCUCUGCAAGCACAGCUGCAAUCCCAGCAGCAACAGCAGCAGCAGCCGCCGCCACCGCAACAGCAGUUUGCGCACCACUAUGGUGCCAAGGGUCCGCAAGGCCAGAUGCACAUGGGCGUCCAUCCGCACCACAUGCAAAGCUCUCUGUACGGCAUGCCGCCGCCCAACCAGUAUGGCUUUUACGGCGGCGCUCCCGACCGCAUGGGCCCGCCGCCCGGUUUCCAUGCCCCUGGCUACAUGAUGGCGCCGCCUGGCCUGAUGGGUCCGCCCAACGGCAACUCCAACUACGGCUGGGGUUGGGCUCCGCAGCAGCAGCAACAGCAGCAGCAGCAACAAGCCUCUCAAUCACACCCUUCGUACCAUGUUUCUCACAUGCAGCGUUAAGUCGUAGUGGCUUUGUUGUUUGCGUUUUUUCUUCUUGUUCUUUUUGCAUUGUUUUUCUGCUCUUUCUUUUCCCUGUUCUUUCUCUCUCUCCCCCCCCCUCCUCCCUCAUCCCACUCUCCCCACCUGUCUUUUUGUUCCUUUGAUCUCAGUGUUGCGUUUUGACCUGUGCUCGCUCCUCUUUGAUUCCUCCUUUUUUUGACGCUUUCUUUUUUUCCUCAUUUUUUCGUUGCAUGUCAUUGUGUUUCCAAAUCUACAAGUUCAAUUUUCAUCCAAGGCUAUGCGAUGUGUUUCUCAAUGUCCAA